GAGCAUAGAACGAGAGGAGAGCGAGGUGUAGAGAGACCGAGGGGGAGAGAACCCGAGUGUGUGUAUGCGUGUGCGUGUGUGAGCGCGAGCGAGCGAGUGAGGGAGAGGAGCGAGAGAGUGCGAGCGAGAAAGAAUAAAAGGAAAGAAGAUUUUCUCUAUGUAUAUAAAGAUGGCCACGUUAGCAAACGGACAGGCUGACAACGCGAGCCUCAGUACCAACGGGCUCGGCGGCAGCCCGGGCAGCGCUGGGCACAUGAACGGAUUAAGCCACAGCCCGGGGAACCCGUCGACCAUUCCCAUGAAGGACCACGAUGCCAUCAAGCUGUUCAUUGGGCAGAUCCCCCGAAACCUGGAUGAGAAGGACCUCAAGCCCCUCUUUGAGGAGUUCGGCAAGAUCUAUGAGCUCACGGUUCUGAAGGACAGGUUCACUGGCAUGCACAAAGGCUGCGCUUUCCUCACCUACUGCGAGCGUGAGUCAGCGCUGAAGGCCCAGAGCGCGCUGCACGAGCAGAAGACUCUGCCCGGGAUGAACCGGCCGAUCCAGGUGAAGCCCGCGGACAGCGAGAGCCGAGGAGGUAGUAGCUGUCUGCGCCAGCCCCCUUCACAUAGAAAACUCUUCGUGGGUAUGCUCAACAAGCAGCAGUCUGAGGACGACGUGCGCCGUCUCUUUGAGGCCUUUGGGAACAUUGAAGAGUGCACCAUCCUGCGCGGUCCGGAUGGCAACAGCAAGGGAUGCGCCUUUGUGAAAUACUCCUCCCACGCUGAGGCACAAGCUGCCAUCAACGCUCUACACGGCAGCCAGACCAUGCCUGGAGCCUCAUCCAGUCUGGUGGUCAAGUUUGCCGACACUGACAAGGAACGCACGAUGCGACGAAUGCAACAGAUGGCUGGCCAGAUGGGCAUGUUCAACCCCAUGGCCAUCCCCUUCGGGGCCUACGGAGCCUAUGCUCAGGCACUGAUGCAGCAGCAAGCAGCCCUCAUGGCAUCAGUCGCACAGGGUGGCUACCUGAAUCCCAUGGCUGCCUUCGCUGCUGCCCAGAUGCAACAGAUGGCAGCCCUCAACAUGAAUGGCCUGGCGGCCGCACCCAUGACCCCAACCUCAGGUGGCAGCACCCCUCCGGGCAUCACUGCACCAGCUGUGCCUAGCAUCCCAUCCCCCAUUGGGGUGAACGGCUUCACUGGCCUUCCCCCACAGGCCAAUGGACAACCUGCCGCGGAAGCUGUGUUUGCCAAUGGCAUCCACCCCUACCCAGCACAGAGCCCCACCGCCGCGGACCCCCUGCAGCAGGCCUACGCUGGAGUGCAGCAGUAUGCAGCAGCCGCCUAUCCUGCUGCCUAUGGUCAGAUAAGCCAGGCAUUUCCUCAGCCACCACCAAUGAUUCCCCAGCAACAGAGAGAAGGGCCCGAGGGCUGUAACCUGUUCAUCUACCAUCUGCCCCAGGAGUUUGGGGACGCUGAGCUGAUGCAGAUGUUCCUCCCUUUCGGCUUCGUGAGCUUCGACAACCCAGCCAGCGCGCAGACCGCCAUCCAGGCCAUGAACGGCUUCCAGAUCGGCAUGAAGAGGCUCAAGGUGCAGCUGAAGCGGCCCAAAGACGCCAAUCGCCCUUACUGAGCGCCGGCGGGAGCGUCCCCCGGGGGAGACCAGGACUCGCACAGGGCAGGAUGCUGAACGGGCUACAUUAAAAAAAAACAAACCUCUCUCUCUCUCUAUUUAUAAAUGAGAACUGUUGGAUGACACCUUUGACAUAUCAGCCAAUAUCAAUCAAGCUGAAGACUCCAGACUCUCUGUGAGACUGUAAAAUUUCUUCAAGGAAAGUAUAGCAUCUGUGGAGUUCAGAGGGCACGUGUUUGGGGGAAAAUAUACAUGACUUAAAGAAGAUGAUGAGGAAGAAAAAUGAGGGGAACAAACCUACAAAAAAAAGGCAACUUUAACACAAAAUAACGACUGGAUGGGGAGGCUGAAGGGCUGGGCACUUGGGAGGAGACGCUGCUGCUGACCAAUCCUGGGGCAUUUCCAGCCCAUGGGCCCCUGAGGCGGGCGGGGCCAGGCGCAUAGCUGGGGCCUGGUCCCCAAGGGGCGGCUGGGAGGCCGCACUGAGCAUCUCUAUCUGUCAUUCCUUUAGCUAUUUAGGGACCAAAGGACCAAACUUUUUAUUGCAGAUGUGUAGCUCUAUGUCAAAUAGAGGGGAAUGGAGAACUACCUCCUUCCUGCCUCCUGCUGUUCUUGAAACAGCUUAGAGCGAUUCUAUGAAAAAAAAAUGUAAUAAAAA